UUUAGCUCCAUCCCAGCCCAGCUCACACUCACACCAGCUCCUGGGAGCCCCUCUGCACUGCAGCUGCAGAGCCAGCGCAGCUCAUCUCAGCACCCGAGUGACCGGGCCCCACACGCGCCCCAAGGCGAGGGAUGGCCAAAAAUGGACAUUUCCUGGUGGAAGCCAUUGCAACCACUUGGCCACAAACGGGCAGUUUUGGGGUGCUGGCACAUGAGUGACGCAGGGCACGCAGGCUGGGGUUGCUCUAUAAAGGCAGAGCAGCCGGCUCCGGGUGUCCUGCAGCAGCGUCGCACCGUGGGUCCUGCCUGAAACACAGCAAAGCCCCUGCAGCCGCUCCCCGCAGCCGGCUCCCACCCAUGGAGCACCUCGCCCUGCGCUGGGUGCUGCUGGCCGGCACCUUGCUCAGCACGUCGGCCACCAGCAGCGCCCUGCACGAGCCAAACCUCUGCCCCACCACGGUGCUGAUGGACAUGGCCCCGCUCUCCUUUGAUGACCAGUAUGAGGGCUGCAGACACGUGAUGGAGGCUAAGCUACGGAAGCUGAACUGUGCUGAGUUGGCCAGGAACAACGUCUAUUGUUUGGUCUGGAGAAAGGCAGCUGCAGAAUGUCAGAAACGCUGGGGCCACCUCGCUCACCCCCCACUGCUGAGACGGGAGCAGGCCAUCGCCGUGCUGGCGUACACAGCUGCAGGCAACCUGUACAAGCAGUUCAACGCAGCCACACGUCAGGGCGGGCGCUCCCACCAGCACUACCUCCACUCAUACCCCUUCAAGGCGCUGCACUUCCUACUGACCGAGGCGCUGCGUGCCCUGCGCAAAUCCCAGCCCUGCCGCUGCUACCACGUCUAUCGCGGCGUCAGGGGCAUCCGCUUCACAGCCCACAAAGGCAAAGCUGUGCGCUUCGGCCAGUUCACCUCCUCCUACCUAAGGAAGGAUGUCGUGGAGAAGUCUGGCUGGGACACCUUCUUCGUGAUGGAGACCUGCUAUGGUGUCCCCAUCAAGCAGUUCUCCUUUUUCCCUCAAGUGGAGGAAGUCCUCAUCCCACCCUUUGAAGUCUUCCAGGUCACCAACAUUGCGAGUGCCAAUGGCAGACCCCUCAUCCAUCUGCGCUCUAAGGGGACGGAGAGCAGACACAACUGUGAGCUUCUAAAGGGUCUGGGUGGGCAGCAGGGUCGAGACCACCAGGAGAUGGGGCUGGGGCACAGCCCUGGGUGGGCUCUGCACUCCCUGCACUGCUCCAACUGCAGCUGGUGGGGAUUGGGGAACAGAGAGGGGGACCCCGUCCCAGUGGCUCUGUAAGGGGACGGGGAGCGUGGUGGGGAAGGGAACAUCUCUGUUUGUGGGGAGGGGGGACAUGGGGAGAAAAGGGGGUGGGGAGAUGGGGAGUUUGAGUAACUUAGAGCUCUGCGAAGCCAUGGGGGUGUGCAGGGGAAGGGCAGCGGCAGAAUCCAAGGAGGGGUUGGAUGUAGAUGUGUGUCCCGGGGCCGGUGCGGUGUAGAACGGGGCAGCUCCGUGUGUGUGCCUGAGUGAGGCUGUGCCUCAUGGUCACAGCUUGUCCGCUCUCCUUAUUUCUGCCAUUAAAGCCCGAGUGUCAGCAGGUCAAUACCAUGUGUGCUGCAGCGCUGCGUGCCGGGCCUGGCGGGACAUGGGAGCGCGUGGGCCCCGGGCUGUGGGGCAGCUGCAACCUGCCGUGCUGCCCCGAUCCCAGUGCGCGGUGCUGAGCUGCUGAGGGCCCCAGCGCCGCGCGGCUGAGGACGGGUCCAGCUGUGCUGCGGGUGGUGGAGCCGUGGCCCUUUGGAAACCUCCACUGCUACCUAGCCAGAGCCAGAGCUGGCCCUGUGCCCCAGC